CACAUUAGAUACCAGCCUUGAGGUGUGAUCAGGCUCGCAGGGAGAGAGGCUGCAGCGCGGGAGACGUCAUGUCGUCGAAGGCAGCUGCCUUGCACCACCUAACCACAGAGAGCACCCUGACCACAGUCACGAGGGAACUGAAGUACUUGUGGCCCUUUGUUGCGGGGCUCGGCGCCUGCGGCUACGUCUUUCUGAAGGUUGGCCUGAGCGUGACUGACGAGGACGUGAAGAACUCAAAGUUUUCCAACCCGAACAAGCACUGAGAUGGCCCGCUUGGACACACAUGCAUAUGCGCUGCAUACUUCUGCAAGACUGGACUGAGACAGAUGACCGAAGCUGUUUCUGUCGGCCUGGCAGGAAUGUCAGCAUGUGUUCAGCAGCUCACUGUCUCAGGAGAAUCAGCGAGCCAGCAAAUGCUGUGCAGAUCUCGGAGGCGUGCACAGGCUUGAAUCAAGAUUUUUGAUGAGCAGGAGAAUUUCAUGGUUUGAGGGAAUCUGAUGCUGCGCUAGUACAGCUCUGAACAGCAUGAGACAGUUCUGCCCUUUUUGUGUGGCAAGAACUUCCCAGAUGUAAAGGACAUUGCAGGGAA